CCGGGGGGAAAUUUUAAUUUUAAAACAGUAAACAAAAUAUCCUGUUACUUUGUGUUGUAUAUAAAUUAAACUUUUUUUAUUUAAUCAGCAAAAUAUUAUUAUAUUGCUGCGUUUUACAUAGAAGUUGCGUACUCAAGCACAGCACCGAAUUGUGCAUGCCAGUAAUUUUAAAUAUACAUAUGUACAUACGUUAUAUAUUAUAUAUAUGCAUGUACCGACGAAGGAUUCCCUAGUAUUCGAAUUACAUUAGAUACACUCUCGUUACCGGCCUAAGAAUACACAUGAGCAAUCGUCAUUAUAAAGAGCAAGGAACAAAUAUAUAAAGAUCAAUCAAGUCAGAAUAACCGCUGAGUUUGUAUACAGCAAAUUUCUCUAAAAACUACAUUAAGAGUAAUUUAUGAAAAUGGACAAUCAACAUCCCAACGGUGCUGUCAGGCGGAAUCCAUCAAAUGAAAUUCAGAACCGCGAGGAACGUCCAUUGAUGCUAAGUACCUGGACUCAAACUUCCGAUUCAGAUUUAAGAGUAACUGAGAAUGUUUCACUAAAUGCGACAUCAAAAGAGGCAAGGCAAAGAGAAAUGCUAAAAAAAGUUCAGGAACUUUAUGAAAAAGCGUGCGAAAACGAUAAAAUGAUAAUUGAACAGGCGGACAUGUUAUGUAGACAAGAUGAACUUAUAGAAACGUCCACGCCCCUGUCGCCAUAUAACACACCUCCCUACGAAUAUACAGAUUUAAUUACCAGCGAAACUCGACGAGCACAAGUGGCUUCUCCAUAGCAACAGAAUUCUAAACAAGAAAAGUGACAAAGCAUUGCACCUCCUAGUAUUGAAGAGCAAACAUCUAGAUCUGCGAUAAAUUUAAAUUCGUAUCAAAUAGAAAAUUCUAGAGAAGUUAAUGUAAUGAAUUUAAACUAAUCAGCUGAUUCUGAAAGGUUAAAGAUUUGUUUGAGCCUAAGCAUUUUAAAUUGUGAACUAAGAGAUAAGGUAAACCAAAUCAAUUAACCAAAUAGAAGACUAGAAACUCCUUCAAAAACUUUAAGGGCAUUUGAGGUUUAAAAUUAACCACAAUCAUUAUAACAAUACAUACCAGACUGAAGAACUACAGGCACUACAGAGCACUGCUAUCAAAAAACGCAAAGUAUCUAAAUAAGAGAGGUAAAAUAAAAAGGAACCGAAAAGUAUGAUUGCUAAAAAUAGAACCAAUAAAUCGAGAAUAUAUAAUAAUGGGACCAAAUAGAAUAGUAUUUUCGAUCAAAUAACUGUGGACAAUCCAGUAAGUUAGAUUAAAGGAAAAUCGAAGAUAUAAUAUACACUGUGGCUCAAAAGUGUGAAGUUACCGGAAAAAAUGGGAAGUGUACUUAAUAAAAGGUGCGCUGAUGAAAAUAAAAUGUGGAGAUUAAGAGAGGGUAAAAACCAAUUGCCUAGCAGAAAAAAAGUAAAGAGAACGACGACACAUUUUGUUACUGCCAAAAAUAAUAAUUGUAAGUUUAUUUGUUCCAAUUCUAUGAAUUGCGUUAAGUAUCUGAAAAUAUUGCGGCUGUGAAUUAGGCAAAUUUUAAAUGACACCGUUUUACAUUAAUUAUUAGAUUUAUUUUCAAUCAUGCAGAAGUAAUUAUUUAGUCUUAAGUUUUGUAAGUAUUAAUUGAACUUACAUAAUAUAUAUAACAUUGUUGUGAUUAAUAUUCAAUUCAAUUUGUUUACUGGAUUAUAUAAGAUAAUAUGAUUCCAUAAUUAUUGCAUAAAAUAAAGUGCAGAAACGCCUAUUAUUAUUAUUAUUAUUAUUAUUAUUAUUAUUAUUAUUACUAUUUUCAUAUUUUUAAUUAAGGCAGUCUUCAACUUAAAAUGGGACUAACCUCAUUGUGUUUAAAACAGUAAAGUAAUCAAUUUAAUACAAACAUAA